AUCGCAGGUCGAUCCACCUCGCAACGCACCUUCACUCGCUCUCGUCAACUACCGCCUUUCUUUUAACCACAUAACGCCUGAUACAACGUCUCUCAUCGCCAUGGCCGCUUCCACCACCACGUUUGGCACCCUCUCCGUCACCCUCGCACAGGCGAUCGCUUACCUUACCCGCCCCCUAAUCGUACGUUACUCCGCCACGGCCAUUAUCAAGCUCCAGCUUGCACUCGAGGCGAACCUCACCUCCCAGUUCGCGUCCUCUUGGGUCCCUACCGAGCCUCUCCGCGGGUCCGGUCGCCGUUGCCUCACGCUCUCUCCCCACGCCGUCCCUCCUCGUUCCAUCUACAACGCUUGCAAGAGCGCGAAGGUGGAGUGGACGGAGUGGAUCGCCCUCCUCGGCGGUAUCGAGUUCGACCUCUUCAUUGACCCCGGCUGCAUCUCAGUUCGCUUCGGCAACUGGGAAACGGGCAAAGUGAGCAAGUACUUCACUGUCUGGUCCGAAGACCUCGUGAAGGAGGGCAAGGCCGAGGCGCUCCGAGAGCCUACUUGGUUGACGCCGAUCCUCACGCAGUUCCCCAACGUCCCCGUCCCCGCUCGCUCCAAGACGUCCUCCCCUGACUCCGUCUGUUCGGCCACGUCCAUGCACUCUCGCUCCAGCUCUUCCAGCUCCAGCUCGGGCUUCUCCUUCUUCUCCAACGGCAGCGCUGCGUCGUUCAGCUCCGCCACCACCGUGUCUUUAUCUCCGGAGCAGGAGAAGUCCAAGGCCACGCUCUCUCGUCGCGAGAAGGCAAGGCAGGCGCGGGUCUUCAUUGACACGUCCAAGACGGACGUCACGAACUAUGACGGAGGCAAGACCACCGUCUUGACUGGCGGUGUCAUGCUCGGUGGGGGGCGCCCUGCUCCUCAGGCCAAGCCAGCGCCCGCUGCCCCCAGGACGAAGGCCUGGAGCUCCAACUGGCGCUCUUCCCGCGCGUAAGCGCAUCAGACGAUCAACGUGCAUUCCACAUAUACCUUACCAUCGCGCACUUGCAUGCUCGGUCAUCUGUGUCAAUAGUCGCUGUUUCCAUGGCUGGUUCACUGUAGCUUUACAUAUCAUUAGUGUCGCGAACACUACGUAGCAUAGGGACUUUGUAAUUCUGGUGCCUCGCAUUUUCCUUCGCAUUGUCGCAUUGUUGUCCAUUUGUAUAUUCAUAUCUAUGUACGCUGUCGUUCGAUGCAUAACAAAGCUGGUUUGGGACUACUACUACUGCGGGAGCAAAUCCUGAAUCGACUACGAUAACUUCAUCAAUAUUAAUUGCGAGGAGUGAUGAUGGCU